UUUUUUAAAGUUUUUUCUAUUUUUUCUAAAGUUAUAGUUUCUGUACACAAAUAUUUUUUCAAUUUAUUCGUUUUUAAAUUAAUUUUUAGAAAAAUAUUUUUUAAAAAAUGCCAACAAUUUCAAAAUUUUAUUCUCGAGAUUCUGACAGGGAAAGAGAAGAAUCACGUUCAAAAAAGGAAGAAAAAAGAAGGGAAAGAGGCUCUAAAAGAAGUAGAAGUCGUUCUAGAUCUCCACGAGAAAGGGAUGAAAAUGUUGGGAGAAAAAUUCGAGAAAAAAAUGAAAAAGAAAAGGAAUCUUCGACAAAAAAGAAAAAAGGAGAAAUUGAUAUUGGGGAAAUUGUUAAUUCUGCUGACAAGGACAAAAUAACAGAAAAAUUAGACCAAGAAAUUCAAAAAAGACGUGAAAAAGUUGAAAAAUGGAGAGAACAACAGAAAAAACUUCAAGAAAAAAAGACUGCAGAAGGAACACUUCCCCCUCCAUUACCUGAAGAAGCUAAACCUUCAUCUUCGUGGACUUUGGAAGGAGAAGAUGAUGAUGAAGACAAUGUAAUUGAAAAUGGGAAUGGAACUGUUAAAGAUGAAAAUAUGGGGGAAGUGGUGGGUAAUGGGGUGGUGGCACAGAAUGAAACAACAAAUGGAAAUAGUUUGAGUGAUGAAAGAAUGGACACAGCCUCAACUAAUACCCCCAGCAAUGAAUCAGCAGAUGAAGAUCCUUUGGAUGCUUACAUGGCAGAAAUUUCACAAAAAGCGAGAGCUGGAGCUGAGAACAAGAAAGCCCGUGUUGUUGUGAUUGGAGCUGUUUCUAAAAGUGCCCCAAAUAAGGGAGAUAUUGUCGAACCUGAAGAUGAAAAGGAACAGGCACAAGAUGAACUUGAUGUUGAACAAACUGCAUCAAGUUUAUUGGUAAAAGGAAGAAUGUUGGCACAAACGGAUCACACAAAAGUGUAUUAUAGGCCUUUUCGGAAAGAGGUUAUUUAA